AGAGGGGGGAAUCGGAUUGAAAACAGAUCACCACCAAGAUCUCUCUACCGCAUGUCUAAGAACAACUGACGAUUAAAUCUGGUCCGUCGUCGCGAGUUUCACUCAUGAGAUGAGCAAAUCACGCCGUACGAAUUGUUUUUAUGGACCACUGAGCGGUUCCAAAAGUUUGGUGCUGCCUGUAGUCUGAUGGAUUGUAAAAGUUCGCGCGAUGCCUCGACCACACUCCAGAGACUGAAAUGAAUGAUGUAUCCAGGAUUCUAAAACUUUUGAUAAAGACUGUCAAACAACUUAUGGCGAAUCACGCGUUUGAAUAGUACCUCAAGUCAUUGGAUGGAUGUUUGGCGACAAACUUCAAAGGCAAUUUGGCGAUCACCAACCGACAUAAAAAGUACAUUUUCGAGAGUUUACGAUUUUACGCGCUGAAGAGACUUGGGACAAAGUGAGCUGAAAACACUUCGACAAGGUCCUCACAGUAGGUGUUUGGUGUGAGCGUGGUAGCCAUGGAGACCUCAGCGCCCCCCACGGCCCCUGACAAGAAGGACCUGAAGAGCUCGGGCCUGGAGAGCAGCGGCUUCACCGACCUGCCCAAGAAACCCUCCCCCACCACCGCCACCCGAGCUCCACACAUCUUCCCGACGUUCCAUGCCCCCAUCCCGAUCGACAUCCGCCACCACGAAGGGCGAUACCAUUACGAGCCCCACCCUCUCCACGCCAUGCAUGGGCCUCCAGGUUUGUCCGGCAGCCCGGUGAUCUCUGACGUGUCCCUGAUCCGGCUGUCCCCCCACGCGGCCACCACGGGCGAGUCCCCCUUCAGCCCCCCCCACCCCUACGUCAGCCCCCACGUGGAGCACUACCUGCGCUCCGUCCACUCCAGCCCCACCCUCUCCAUGAUCUCUGCAGCCAGGGGGCUCAGCCCUGCAGACGUAACCCAUGAGCAUCUGAAGGAGCGGGGUCUGUUCGGCCUGCCCCCCGUGCCCCCGGGCGCCAGUGCUGCGGAGUACUACCACUUCAUGGCCUCCAGCCACCGCAGUCCCUACGGGGAGCUGCUCAUGCAGACCGGGGCCACCGCUGCUGCUGCCGCCGCCGCUGCUGCUGCCGCCGCCGCCGCACACCUGCCGGACUACAUGAGCCCUGUGGACAUGUCUCGGUUCCCCAGCCCGCGCCUGACUCCUCGUCUGAGCCGCAAGCGAGCGUUGUCCAUCUCGCCGAUCUCCGAGGCCUCCAUCGACCUCCAGACCAUGAUCCGCACUUCGCCCAACUCGCUGGUGGCCUACAUCAACAACUCACGCUCCAGCUCCGCCGCCAGCAGCUCCUAUGGACACCUCUCUGUUGGAGGACUAAGUCCGUCGUUCACGUUCCCGCACCCUAUCACCCCCGUGGCGUAUCAGCAGCUGUUGUCCCAGCAGCGGGGCGUGUCCCUGAGUGCCUUUGGCCACACCCCUCCCCUGCUGACUCAGCACACUGGCUCCGCCUCCUCCAUCUCCGCCAGCCGUCAGCAGCCGCCCCUGAUUGGAGCAACCGCAGCAACACACGCCCACACACACGCUCACACACACACGCACCACGCCCCCACGGCCAACACCACGUCCCCACGCGGAGACAACGUCCAGAGUGCUGCUGGGGAGUCCGCUGUGAGCAGUACAGUUAACCCCUUGGUGACCAAGAGAACAAAAGUGAAGACCGAAGCGGACGGGUCUCGACCCAUCUCCCCCUGCUCUCAGGAUCAGAUAGACCUGCGCGAGGAGCUAGAUAAGGACGAGUGUAAGCAGGAGCCGGAGGCCGUCUACGAAACCAACUGCCACUGGGACGGCUGCAGCAAGGAGUACGACACGCAGGACCAGCUAGUGCACCACAUCAACAAUGAGCAUAUCCACGGGGAGAAGAAGGAGUUUGUGUGCCGCUGGGACGAGUGUUCGCGAGAGCAGAAGCCCUUCAAGGCCCAGUACAUGCUGGUGGUACACAUGAGACGACACACGGGAGAGAAACCUCACAAGUGCACAUUUGAGGGCUGUGCUAAAGCCUACUCCCGGCUGGAGAACCUGAAGACUCAUCUGCGUUCCCACACGGGAGAGAAGCCGUACGUGUGCGAGCACGAGGGCUGCAACAAGGCCUUCUCAAACGCCUCCGACCGCGCCAAGCACCAGAACAGAACACACUCCAACGAGAAACCGUACGUCUGCAAGAUCCCCGGCUGCACCAAGCGCUACACGGACCCCAGCUCGCUGCGCAAGCACGUGAAGACGGUGCACGGGCCCGAGGCGCACGUCACCAAGAAGCAGCGCGGGGACGCGCCGCCCUCCAACAACGCCAAGGGCCCGGGGGGGCCCAAGGGCCACGGGGAGCACGAGGGGGCCAACAGGAGAGGAGGAGGAGGAGGAGGAGGGGGGGGAGGGGACGGGGCACUGGAGGCCAACAGCACCACCAGGGCAGGAGACGAGAUGUUCCAACUCAAGUCCAUCAAACAGGAAAACAACUCAGUGAUGUAUCACUCCAGCCCUGGCGGCCACUCUUCCUGCAGUAGCGAGCCAUCGCCGCUUGGCAGUGCCCACAGUGCCAGUGCCAACCAUGACAGUGGAGUAGAGAUGGCGCUGCACCACGGCGGAGGCGGCGUCGGUGGCGGUGGCGGCGGCGGUAGCAUGGGCGACCUCAGCGGCCUGGGGGGCGGCGACGAGGAGGGGGGACACCACCACCACCACCACAUGCCCGUGGCCGCGCUCGCCGACUCCACCGGCUCCCCAGGGGGCGCUGUGACUGGAAUGGGCGUCGGCGUCAGCGUUGCAGCUGUGGGGCUGCAGCUGAGGAAGGCCAGAGCAGGAAGUGGUGUUGGUGUUGGUGGUGUUGGUGUUGGUGGUGGCGGUGGUGGUGUUGGGACGGCUACAGGGGCCAUGCUGCUGCGGCUCGACCAGCUGAAGCAGGAGAAGCUGAAGGGGGUGAGGGACUCGUGCUCGUGGGGCGGAGGAGGAAGUGGAGGGCCGGCCGCGCUGGUUCAGCCCCCGCCGCAGGUCCGGAACACCAAGCUACCUCCCAUUCCGGCUGGCGGUUCCUUACUGGAGGGUUCCAGCAUGGGCUACGGUGGCGUGCCCAGUCCCCGCAUCAUCAGCGGCGGCAUCAACGCCGACCUUCUCCCCACGUGCGAAGUCACGCUCCUGAACCAGCUGAACAACGAGCGGCGGGACAGCACCACCAGCACGCUCAGCUCCGCCUACACCAUGAGCAGGCGCUCCUCCGGCAUCUCGCCCUGCUACUCCAGCCGGCGCUCCAGCGAGACCUCCCAGUUCGGCGGCGGUGGAGGAGGUGGCGGAGGCGGCGGAAGCGGCUCAGGGUUGGCCGGCCUGGGCGGCAUGGGCAGUCGCCACAACAACAACAUCAGCGCCGCGUCCUACGACUCGUACGAUCCCAUCUCCACCGACCUGUCCCGGAGGUCCAGCGAAGCGAGCCAUUGCGGCGGUAUGGGAGGUGGAGGAGGUGGAGGUGGAGGAGGAGGUGGAGGUGGAGGAGGUGGUGGCAAUGCAGGGAUGCUCGGAGGGGGUGGUCAUGGAGGUAACGGAGGGAUGCUGAGCCUCACCCCGGCUCAGCACUACCGUCUGAAGGCCAAGUACGCGGCCGCCACCGGGGGAGCCCCGCCGACCCCGCUGCCUAACAUGGAGCGCAUGAGCCUGAGGACUCGCAUGGCCCUGUACGGAGACUCCCAGCAGGACGGGUCCGGUCACCUGUUCCACCCGUCGGGCAUGGGGAUGGGCGGCAUGAUGGGCAUGGGCGGCGCUGGCUCGUCCAGGCGCUGCAGCGAUACCGGUUACGGCGCCUCCAGCAUGAUGCCCCACGAGGUGCCCAACAGUCUUCCGCGCCGCGCCAGCGACCCCGUCCGCAGGCCCACCCAGGACCCGCUCUCCCUUCCCAGGGUGCAGCGCUACAACAGCGUCAGCACCAUGAACAUGAACUCUCGCCUGGCCAUGGGCGAUCGCCGCGGAUACGGCAGCCUGGUCGCCGGCGGCGGCGGCAACACGUGGUCCGACGGCAGCCUGCACCGCCACCCCUUCGUCCAGCGUCCGCCCAGCAUCUCCGAGAACGUCGCCAUGGAAACCAUGGCACUGGAUCAGGCCGACGACGACAUGGUGCUUCCUGACGACGUGGUGCAGUACCUCAGGGCACAACACGACGACAGCUCCGCUCAGGGUAACAACAUGGCAGCUGGUGGCUACAGCGUUAGCCGGUCGCAAGACUUCCAGGGCGGCAUGGCGAGCCAGCAACAACAACAGCACCCAGCUCAGCAACAGUUCUUUGGACAAAGACGUGGCGCAAUGAUGGACGCAAACAUGAGUCCCUCCGCUAACGGACAAGGAAUGGUCUCCUCCCAGAUGAGCCCCAAGGUCCAGCAACAGCAACAGUUCCCUGGAUCCCCUGGUGACAACAAGAAUAGCAUGCCCGUGCAGUGGAAUGAGGUCAGUUCCGGAACUGUGGACUCCAUGGACACGGCUCUCAAGCAGCAACAGCAGCAGCAGCAGCAGCAGCAGCAACAGCAACAACAACAGGGUCUCCGCGGCAACCUGGCUGUGGUGCAGCAGAAGCAGAACUUUGGCUUCCCCGCGUGCUCGUCCAAUCAGCAGAUCCUCCCCAUGAGCCAGAACUUGGCGGCCAUGCAGGGAUACGCCAUGCAGAGGAACGCCCAGCGGAUGAACUUACUCCAGCAACAGCAGCAGCAACAGCAGCAGAACCUGAAUGUGCAUCAGCAACUGCAGCAGCAGCAGCAGUACCGCUCAGGCUCGUCUUCCUACAUCAACGCAGCUGGAACACAGCAGAACUUUGCGGUUCCGUCCCAGGUCGCAGGAGGUGGUGUGCAGAACAGCAGGCCCCUGGUGAUGCAACCCAGGCCGCCACCAGAACCCAGGUCCACAGCCCGUCAGCCACAGCAACAGCAACAGCAACCGCAACACAUGGGAUUGAACGCCAUGCAAUCAACCGGAUUCUUCCAGCCCGCCAGCUUAAAUUCCUGGUAUGGUACGACGUCCGAAGCCAGCCCCAAGAGAACGGGUCAAAGCAACGCCAACGGGGGUGGCACAUUCUACUCGGGUGCUCACAUGCUCAACUCCUCUUCUAACGCUGCCGGAGGAGCGUUCGACGCCCCCAUGUCUCCCGCCUGCGCCAGUCAGGACCCCAGCAUCGCCCUCGGCAUGGCAACCGCAGCCAUGGCAUCUCCAGGGGUCAACCAGGUCACCAGCAGCACGGUAGACUCCUCCGCCGGCCUGAUGACAUCGGCAGCCCCGGCCCCCGCCCCGGCCGCGGCCACGGUGGAGCACGCUCAGAUCGACUUCGACGCCAUGUUGGACGACGGCGAUCACUCCAGCCUCAUGUCCGGAACCAUCAGUCCCGGGCUUCUCCAGAGCCUGUCCCAGAAUUCAUCGCGGCUGAACACGCCGCGCAACUCCGUCACACUGGCCUCGGUGCCCUCGGGCAUCAGCAACAUGGCCAUUGGAGACAUGAGCUCCAUGCUAACCGCGCUCGCCGAGGAGAGCAAGUUCCUCAACAUGAUGGCCUAAGGAGGAGUACGUUGAAACUCUGUUAUUUACUUACGUUACUGACAUGAGUUCUGGCAACUGGCAACAGUGAUAACCAGGGCUGGUUUUGCAUGAUAAUCUGCGGUCUUGGGCGGGUAUUACUGUAGAUGUCGUAGCCAUACAGAUCAGUGGGAUUCAGUUCAAAUUGGGCUGGAAAUCAGCCACAUCUGGCAACGUUGCUCGCAAACAGUGUGUGACCUAAGCCCUGACAUCUUCGCUAAACAUGUUGCCAGUUGCUGAGUACAAUAAUGUGGCAAAACAAAUACUUUUAAGUAUGGCCUAAGUACUAAGUCGUUAUUCCAUUAUGAUGGCCUAGUACGGACUAAGUUGAAGGCAACAUUCAGGUCACAUGGACUAAGAUGAACUCAACGUCAUAAUGUCGAACUCGAUGUGAUGGCCGAAGGGCAAAAGUCUUGUCAUGAUGGUCUUAAGGACUAGCUAGCCUAGCUAGGCUAGGCUAACUGAUGGCCCAAGGAAGUUAAAACUCGAUAUGGUUUGGCCUGAGGACUAAGUUGAGACUUGAUAUGACAUGACGGCCUAAUAAUUAAGUCUUAACUCAGAUGCCAUAACAUCAGGAAAAAAUACACAAUGUAUGUUUAUAUGUGUAUGUUUGUGUGGGUGUGUGUUACAUUUUUCUGUGCAUUGUGCUUUUCAAGAUUUUUGGCUAAUGAUGCUGGAAAAGGAAAGAAAAUGUUUUUAUGAGCUGUCAUUAUGAACUGUUGUAAUAUUACCGUACAGUACGUUCUGCAGGACUUCUUUUAUUAUUUUAGCACCAAACGUCGGUGCUCCAGGGGAAACAUGAACGUCUUCAAAAGCAUACAUCAUUCAAUCAUCAAA